AACCCCGACUUGAGUGUUUUCAGUGCACUCGAUUAUGCCUAUCGUGAUCUCCCUACACCGCCACCAGAAGAUCUCAGUCUAGCGAAAAAAGCUACGUUGAAUCGACCUGUUCAGCCUCCUCCUCCACCCCCACCUCCUCAUGCUUCGCAGGAGCUUUUAUUGAAAUCACAGAAAACUGCGUUCAAUUCCGACAAAUCUCUUAAACCAGCACUUCCCAAGAAACCGCCAAAAGUGCUUGGCGCUACAGGAGAUGCUGGAGUGCGCGCGCUUGCAGCCAAAUUCGACUCUCAACGGAACUGCAAAACCGAAGAAAUGAGUAGAAGAAAGGAAAUGCGAUACCAUAAUAACUUCCUCCUAAAGACAGUUUUCUUGAAUGAAACUUGGUUAGCAGAGAAGACAGCUCCAACCCUGUAUAGCCCAUCUCUCGGGCCUCCACUGUCAGAGAAUGGAAAAAUCUCUUAUCGUCGUUUUAUGAAAGAACCUUCGUAUUUCGCUGAGCAAGCGGUUUUCCCGACAGCUUCAGGAUUUCAAGCGCAUUCAACCUUUUCGGACGUCAGCUUAAGUCACAACGAAAGCACAUCACCGCAACCCACCGGAAUUCUGCUACCUGUCGAAGGGAAAGCUCUUCUUACAUGCAAGGUGUGCGGUGACAAGGCUAGCGGAUAUCACUAUGGAGUAACUUCUUGUGAAGGUUGCAAGGGCUUCUUCCGGAGAAGUAUUCAAAAGCGAAUGGAAUAUCGUUGUUUGAGAGAUGGGGAUUGCUCCAUCUUUAAACAGAAUAGGAAUCGAUGUCAAGCGUGCCGCUUCAAGAAGUGUGUCGUUGUUGGUAUGUCGAGAGAAUUGAAAAGUAGCCCACUUGAUCACCAAAUUGUAGCAGUGCGUUUUGGAAGAGUGUCUAAACGACCACCUAAAGAACCUUUGGAAGCGGAUGCAUCGGAUCCUGAAGAGAAGCAAGAAGUCUCCUCAACUACUUCUCCAGAACCUUCUAAAGCAGAAUUUAAUAAGCUUAUACGGUUGGUCUAUGAGGCGCAUGACGAGUUCUCAGCGAUGACGAUAAAACGGCUUUUGAGCUUACCUGAGCAUCGUAUAGAUUUUCUUUUGACUGAGACUCCAACGCUGUCAAAUCAGUUGCACGCUUGGGAAGUAUACACAGACAAAGUUACCCCCGACAUACACAAAACUGUGGAAUUCGCAAAGAGAGUUCCUGGAUUUCCCUCGCUACAUUCUGGUGACCAACAAGCACUGAUUAAGGAUCCUUCGCUGAUCUUCAAAACAGAGUUAGAAACAGCGUUUCGAGCUCCCGUGUCACUUUCUACAUUUCACUACGAGUAA